GCAUUUGAAGCAACAAAACAAUACUCUGGUUUUGGAGAUGAAAAAGUUUUUUUUUCUUCUAAAGCAGAAUCACUCAAGCGGAUGAGACUGGAUAAAUCGGGAAGUUAUCACACAGAAGAGAUUUUGUACUCUCAAUCUUUGACAGCAGGUACUGCGUCUGAAGAUCUAUUUAAAUUAAUAUCAAAUUUUGUUGAAAAAAUGAUUUGGAUUGGAAGAAACUCAUUGGACUGUGCACAGAUGGCGCACCUGCAAUGAUAGGUGUAUGAUCAGGC